UCGACUUCCAAUCAUUCUAGUUUCGACUAGUGUCGUUGGAGGUUGUCUUAUCUUGUAAUUAUAAACGUAAAUUUAAUCUAAUUAAAAAUGGAAUUUGUUGACAAGAAAUACAAAAUGAUCUCAUCAGAGAACUUCGACGAGUUUAUGAAGACUAUUGGUGUUGGUCUGAUCACCCGCAAAGCGGCGAACGCUGUUACACCUACCGUCGAACUGAAGAAAGAUGGAGACAACUUCGUGCUCGUUACGUCAUCCACUUUCAAGACCACAGAAAUGAAGUUCAAGCCAGGGGAAGAGUUCGAUGAGGAACGCGCUGAUGGUGCCAAGGUAAAAUCAGUGUGCACCUUUGAAGGAAACACCCUGAAGCAAGUGCAGAAGGCCGCAGACGGUACAGAGGUGGUGUACACCAGAGAAUUCGGCCCCGAAGAAAUGAAAGCGGUCAUGACGGCCAAAGACGUGACCUGCACCAGAGUCUACAAAGUACAAUAAGCUACAAGACUGCAGGGCUGAGCCCUGAACAUUCUCCUAUCGUUAAUAUGCCUUUAUUAUUUAGCACAACUACAUGUUUAAGAACCUAUUUGUCUUUAAUUUCUUUUAUAUGCUUUGUAUCAGCACACGAUUGUGUUAUAUUUAUUAUAAUUGAAGUUGGGGGGCGUAUGCAAACAUUGUGUUGUAUAAGUUUCGGUGUGUAUUUAAAUAAAUAGUUUUCUAUGCAU